AUGGUACCGAGUCGUCAUGGAGAGGGAAGCGAACUGUAUGCACAUUCAGAAGAACUUGAAUCAAAAUUGAGAGGACUCGCAAAGAAGGAAAGUAUGGAAAUUGAGAAAGUAUUGGCACAAGACAAGAAAAAUUAUGGAUCACAUAUAAAGAUACUCAUACUAGGAGGACCAUCAAGUGGGAAGAGCACUAUUUUCAAACAGAUGCAAAUUAUCCAUGUCAACGGGUUCAAAUCAGAACAGGAGCUUGUUCAGUAUCGAGGUCUCAUUGAUGCCAAUAUCCGGGACAGUUAUUUUCAAUUAAUUGCUGGAGCACGUCUUCUAGACAUCCCAUUGGAACCAAUUGAUCACCUUUUGUAUGAAAUUAAUGAUAUUUAUUCUCCAAUGUGCGAUGAGUUCGCUAUUCGAACCGUGCCAGAUCUCGUAGAGCCACUUAUUGCUUUUUGGAAAUCAGAGCAGAUUCAAGAAGUCUACAAACGAAGAUAUGAAUUCGAGUUGAUGGAUUCCACGAAAUAUUAUUUGGAGAAUCUCGAAAGAAUUUCAAACGAAAACUAUCUGCCGAAUGAGGAAGAUAUUGUUCAUUCUAGGAAAGCAACAGUUAGUAUAAACAGCAUAGUUUUUGAAUACACUGGAGUAUCAUUACUUAUGAUUGAUGUGGGCGGUCAGCGAUCAGAACGAAAGAAAUGGCUUCAUUUAUUCGAUGAUGCGAAAGUUGUGUUAUUCGUAAUUGAUCUGACAGGAUACGCGAAGAAAUCUGAGGAGAGUCGGACGGAGCUAUCCCGAUUCCCUCUUCUCUUCCGAGAUAUUGGAAAAGAUGCAUUCGAUAUGAAAGUGGCUCUGAAGAUAUUCAAUGAUAUCUCAGCAUCACCUGCUCUUGCAAGUGCUGUCUUUUUAUUGUUCUUCAACAAAGUUGAUCUAUUCAAAGAACUUCUUCCACAAGUGAGACUUCAGCCGUGUUUCUCAAAGUUUGAAGAAGAGAACGACUACGAUUCCACGAGCAAAUUCAUUUGCGAGAAGUUCACUCGAGCUGCUAAAUCCAAAAAAUCAGUUUUUCCUCAUUUUACAACUGCAACCAAUACUGAAAAUAUCAAGCUUGUAUUCCGUGCCUGUAUGGAAAGUGUCUUCAAGGCAAACUCAAAAGCGACAGGUCUCUCAUGA